AUGGUCAAAAUUUCUCCUCUUUCUUCGAAAGAAAGCGCUCACGCGGACUCCGUGUGGUCCGUCUGCUUUGCUUCGUCUUCGUCUUCUGAGAACGAUUUGAUUUUCACUGGAUCGCUCGACGAAACUGUCAGCGCGUGGAAAGCCAGCGAUUCUGGAGAAAUUGAGAAGAAAGAAGAUUACAUUGGACACACGUUAGGUGCUGUUUCAGUUGCUGCGAGUGAUUCUGGGCUGGUGGCGAGUUCUGCGUUAGAUUCGAUGAUUCGCGUAUGGGAACUAGAAUCGUCAGAGACAAGAACAGUUAUUGAAUGCGCACCGAGCGAGUCUUGGGAGAUUGCAUUCGAGCCUGGCAAAAAUUCGAAACACAUCGCGGUGGCAGGCGGGGUCUCUGGCACCGUCAAGCUCUUCUCAACGGUAGCAAAUUCGACCGAUAGUACUUCUGCGCAUCAAACUCAUAACGACGCUAAAUUUUCUUACGAAGUGCCGGUACGAGAGGAACAUCAAAAUAGGUUUGUUUAUUCUGUGUCUUAUUCAAGCAAUGGUAAAUACAUUGCGUGCGGUACGACCAAUGGUACGGUCGGUCUCUUUGAUGCAGAGAGCGGAAAGGUCUUAGGACAGUUUGAUGGUCAUAAGUUGCCAGUGCGAAGCGUAUGCUUCUCCCCGGACUCGAAGUGUUUGUAUACCGCCUCAGAUGAUGGUUUUAUACACAUAUACGACGUUACUAGCAAACAGUUGAUUGAUUCGUUUUCUGGUCACACAUCGUGGGUCUUAUCCAUAGCGGCCUCUCCUGAUGGGAAUAGCUUAGUAUCUGGUUCCGCAGAUAAAUCCGUAAAGUUGUGGGACGUUUCCUCGCGCCAAUGUAUCCAAAUCGAUAAAAGUCACAAGGAUGCAGUUUGGGACGUGAGUUUUAACACCCACGGUACUCGCGUAGCGUCUGUUUCGAGCGAUAAGAGUGUCUCCAUUUUUACGUAUAAUUGA